GAGAGCGGAAGCUUGUGGCGCCGCUGUAGUUGUCACUUCCGGCCUGUCGCUAUCUCCCUGUAAAGAUGGAGUCGGUGUGUGAGUGAAUCAGUGCGGAUUCUGCCUGAUCGUUAUGAAGAACGGAUAUACGUGAAAGGUCAGUGCCUCUGAAAGAAACCACAAUGGAAAAAACAUGGAAGUCAUGGACAUAUGCCAGGAGAUGGCUGAUUGCCUUGGUCUCAUGGUCCUGGAGCUUAUGUCGAAUUUCCUUGCUAGCUUUGAUUUUAACCUUUCACCUAUAUGGAGGGAUCCUUUUACUUCUCUUGAUACUUGCAUCAGUAGCAGGUAUAUUAUACAAAUUCCAAGAUGUGCUCCUCUACUUUCCAGAGCAACCACCCUCCUCACGUUUGUACAUUCCUGUGCCUACUGGGAUCCCAUAUGAAAAUCUCUUUGUUAAAACCAAGGAUGGAGUCCGACUCAAUUUGAUUCUGUUGAGGUACACUGGAGAUAAUGCGCCAUAUUCACCAACUAUAAUUUAUUUUCAUGGGAAUGCAGGUAAUAUUGGUCACAGGAUACAAAAUGCUCUGUUGAUGAUGGUCAAUCUGAAAGUCAAUGUAUUACUUGUAGAUUAUAGAGGUUACGGAAGGAGUGAAGGGGAACCGAGUGAAAAAGGCCUUUACUUGGAUUCGGAGGCUGUACUAGACUAUGUGAUGACUAGACCUGAUCUUGAUAAAACAAAAAUAAUUUUAUUUGGCCGCUCCUUGGGUGGAGCGGUGGCUAUUCACCUGGCCUCAGAGAAUCCACAUCGGAUUUUUGCAAUAGUUGUUGAGAACACAUUCCUCAGUAUCCCACACAUGGCCAGCACUUUGUUCUCCUUCUUUCCCAUGAGAUAUCUUCCACUCUGGUGCUACAAGAACAAAUUUCUGUCUUAUAACAAAAUUGCACAGUGCAGAAUGCCUUCUCUUUUUAUUUCUGGAUUGUCAGACCAGUUAAUUCCACCAGUCAUGAUGAAACAAUUGUGCGAACUGUCGACAUCACGGACUAAAAGACUAGUCAUAUUUCCAGAUGGAACUCACAAUGACACUUGGCAGUGCCAGGGCUAUUUUGCUGCUCUUGAACAAUUCAUCAAAGAGUUAUUAAAAAACAGUUCACAUGAGGAAAUAAAAACCACAUCUAAUGUAACAAUAAUAUAGCUUUUUCUUCUGUACCUGAUGUAACUUUUAAAUCUGUAAGUAAGCAAAAGGUGAUUGUUAACUUGGAAAGUCCUUAUUUGCUACUUUAUCACCAAUUGUUGAACAUUUUUACCUGUUUUCAUGCAUGAGAAAAGUAUACUGAUAUUUCAUAAAGAGCUUUGUUGACUUGAUCAGCCAAGCUGUUCAAUACUGUAAAAUAAAAUGAUUUUCUUUUGUGUGCACUAUAUGUAACUAACUGUUAAUUUAACAAUUUUCCCUUCUGAAUCCACAUUUUAUUUAAACUCUGUGUAUGAGUUAAAUUUUGAAACAAAGUCCCAUUACAUAUGUCAGAAUUGUCUGUACAGCACAUAUGAUGUAGCUUUCAGCUUUAGAAAAUAAUUGCACAUGGACCACAAGCUGUUAAGUUUAGUAGGUCAAUUUGUUUUGAUUGUUCAUAGAAGUAUUGCAUUUCAGGGCAUUACUUUGCUGAAAUAAAAAUUACGCAUCAUUAGAAAAUCUUGAAAAUAUUGCAGAAUGAUUAUGCAUUUUGAAAUGUUACCUUUCCUGAACUAUUUCACUGACUUUUACCUUAUGAAUGAAUGUUUGAGCUCUAUUCUGGGUCCAGUGCUCUAUUCCUUAUUAAAAUCUGUCAUCUGGAGCUGUUGUUAAAUAUGAUUACUAGUUUGAAAGUCAAUUUCUCUUGAAGUUUUGAAGGGGCUAAAUUGUUGCGGAUUCUUGCGACCUACUUGACAGACUUCUGAUCCAUUUUAAAAAGCAAAAGAUGUGAGAAACAAUAUUAUGCAUAAAUUGUAAUUCUAUUACUAAAAGCCAUUUUCUGUGUAUUAGUUAUUGUAAGGUUUAUCCCACUGUGUUAAUACUUAGAUGCAGUUUAGUUAAUGUGGUUUUAAGCCACACAUUUGUUCCAGCUUUUGAAUUUAAUCUAACAUUUACAAAGUGUUGCUUUUUUACUUGUUCCCCUGAUUCCACAAAUUUGCUGUCUUUCAUCACCUAGUUUAUUUGUGUAACUUGCUAUUCCAAAAUUUUACAGUGGCCAAAAUGGGCUUCAUUACAUCGAACCAAAGUACUAAGUACUGUACUAUUUUUAUACUUUAAAGAAAAGCUUCAUUGAAACUCUCAACCUGCUAAGGUAUUAAAUACAGAAGCUCUUUUAAAAACUAUUAUUUCACAUAGCAGAUUCUAACAUAAUAUUAAAUAGCCAUUUUGCAUAUUCUAAAUAUAUUACAUCUGGAGAUUUAAACAAAGAAGUCUUUCUUCUAUUUUGUCUACUAUUUCCAGUAAAAUGAAGCCCACUCAUGCAGAAAUACUGUAAGCUAUUGAGUUCCUUGUAAGAGAAAAAGCAGUAGAGUGAGAAUAUCUGCCACAGCUUUGAUAAUACAUGACAAUUGUAUUUUAAGGGUUGAGUUUCUUGAUAAUGCUUUUAUCAAAUAAAUACUUUGAGCAUUACCUGUGUCCUACUCUGGGUAAGAUACUUUAAGUCAAGUACAUAAUACAAAGCAUAUGUAAUGAUAAAGGGGAAGUGAUGAUUUGGAAUAUGCUUUUGGUGCCAUCUAAUGACAAUGACAAAAACAAGGCACAGCUUUAUAUUCAUUUUUGUUGGAAUAAAUGUGUUUAAAAUGUGCAUCAGAUUUUUUUUUACAUCUAUAUCAGUGCAACUGACAGCCAUCAACCUCUGAAUGAUUGGAAAUAGAAUCCUUGAGAUGCAGCAUUUUUAUUGUGAAUUAGAAGUUUAACCUGCAUUGUGCAAUAAUGUCCUUCAACUCCUGAUCAGUUUCACAAUAGUAUUGUGGUCAUUGAAGAAGAGUGAUUUAAUGCCACUUCACCUAUUUAUAAUGGCUAUUCCCAUUGAAAAUUAGUUGGUACCUUAUAUCACACAUUUAGUCAGUUACUAUACCAGGGGCAUUGCUAAACAUGAAUGUGAUUUCUUAUAAAUAUAUAAAAUGCAGAUCUCACAUUGAAAACUUCAGAAUAUAGUUUUGCAAAAAUUUUUUUUGUCCAAAUGGAUAUUUGUCUCAAUUGAUGCUCAAUCCUUUGGAUGCCCUGUUGCAGAUUUAUCAGGCAUAUCCCUCUUUGUCUCAGUUCUGCCAAAAGAUUUGAUUGAAAAUACAUUGCUCCAUUCUUAAAAGUGCACAAAACAUUGUUAAUCAUAACAUGUUCAGCAUGGUGUGGAACUGAAACAGAUUAUUUGUGAAGUUUAGCAAAGCUUGGUACUUCUGCUUUUACAUGUCUAAUUCUUGAUACAGUAAGUCUAAGUGUUCUAAGAUUUUCUGAUCCUGUUGAAUUCAUGAAAUAAACUUUUUUUGCCUUUGCA